GGCGGCGGUGGGUGCACGUCGCUCUUCCCGGUGAGUGAGUCCGUCGUCCGGCGGCGGCGCCUCCUCUCUCCUUCCUCACCAUGAGCAGAGGCUUCUCCCGGAGGGGCCAGGCCUUCCUGCCCAAGCUGUUCCGCAAGAUGGCAUCGGCGUCGGGCCCUCAGGCGGAGUUCCAGUUCCCGUUCCUGCAGGACGAGGAGACGGCGUCCGUGCUGCGCGAGUCCAAGACCCUCAUCGUGCUGCGGGGGCUGCCGGGCAGCGGCAAGUCCAGCCUGGGCCGGGCCAUCCUGGAGCGCUACGGGGACGGCGCCCGCCUGGUGUCCGCCGACACCUACAAGAUCACGCCGGGGGCCCGCGGGGCCUUCCCCGAGGAGUACCGCCGCCUGGACGAGGAGCUGGCGGGCUACUGCCGGCGAGGCGUGGCCGUGCUCGUGCUCGACGACACGCACCACGAGCGCGAGCGGCUGGAGCAGCUGUUCGACGUGGCCGACCGGUACCAGUACCAGGUGGUGCUGGCCGAGCCGCGCACGGCCUGGCGCCUGGACUGCAACCAGCUCCGCGAGAAGACCCAGUGGGCCCUGCCCGUGGAAGAGCUGCGCAAGCUGAAGCCGGCGCUGGAGCGGGACUGGCUGCCGCUCUACUUCGGCUGGUUCCUCAGCAAGAGGAGCUCCGAGAGCCUGCGCAAGGCCGGCCAGGCCUUCCUGGAUGAGCUCAGCGUCCACAAGGCCUUCCGCAAGGAGCUGCGCCACUUCGUUUCCGGCGACGAGCCCAAGGACAAGGUGGACCUGGCCGCUUAUUUCGUCAAACGCCCCCCGGGCGUCCUGCACUGCACCACCAAGUUCUGCGACUACGGCCGGGCCGCGGGGGCCGACGAGUACGCGCAGCAGGACGUGGUGAAGCAGGCCUACGCCAAGGCCUUCUCGCUGACCGUCUCGGCCCUGUUCGUCACGCCGCGCACCGCGGGGGCCCGCGUGGAGCUGAGCGACCGGGAGCUGCCGCUCUGGCCCGCCGACGUGGACAGGCUCACGCCGGCCGAGGCGCUGCCCCGGGGCUGCCGCGCCCACGUCACGCUGGGGUGUGCGGGCGGCGUGGAGCCGGUGCAGACGGGCAUCGACCUGCUGGAGCUGGUGCGGCAGGAGAAGGGGGGGCCCCCGGCCGAGGAGGUGGGGGAGCUGGGCCGCGGCCGCCUGGUCGCCUACGGCAACGGGCGCUGGCUGCUGCGCCUGGCCAAGAAGAUGGAGGUGCGCGCUAUCUUCACGGGCUACUACGGCCGGGGGCAGGCCGUGCCCACACAGGGCCCCCGCAAGGGUGGGGCUUUCCGCUCCUGCACCCUCCUCUGAGGGCCGCCCCCUCGCCCACCCCCGUUAACCCAACUGAACAUCUUUCCCUGCCCACCCCCCGACAAUAACGUCACCCCAACUCUAACCCCACCCGCCGACCCGGUGCUAACGCACCCGGGCCCCUCCGCCCGUGUACUAAGCACUUACCACAGUGCUCUGCACACAGUAAGCACUCAGAUACUACCGAUUGGUGCCACCCGGCAGCCUUAAUCAGAGUGGGGCCCGGCCCCUCCUGCCAUCCUUCACCAGCAGUCAGAGACCCACUGGUCGGGGCCCGGGGAGAAGGGCACGGCCCCUCUGGCCCCUAACCCGGACCCACUAAUCCUACCCGACUGGGGGCUUGCCCGGCCAGGCCAGCCCAUUCAUGCAAUAAACUAGUAACCAGAG